GAGGCAUGAAGACGAGCCGCCGCGGCCGAGCGCUCCUGGCCGUGGCCUUGAACCUGCUGGCGCUGCUCUUCGCCACUACCGCCUUCCUCACCACGCACUGGUGCCAGGGCACGCAGCGGGUGCCCAAGCCGGGCUGCGGCCAGGGCGGCGGCGCCAACUGCCCCAACUCGGGUGCCAACGCCACGGUCAACAGCACAGCUGCCCCCGCCGCUGCCGCGGCGAGCCCGGCCGGCGCGCCCUACAGCUGGGAGGCGGGCGACGAGCGCUUCCAGCUGCGCCGCUUCCACACCGGCAUCUGGUACUCGUGUGAGGAGCAGCUCGGUGGCCCCGGUGAGACAUGCCGCAGCUUCAUUGACCUGGCCCCAGCUUCAGAGAAAGGGGUGCUGUGGCUGUCGGUGGUCUCCGAGGUGCUCUACAUCCUUCUGCUGGUGGUCGGCUUCAGCCUCAUGUGUCUUGAGCUCCUCCACUCCAGCAGUGUCAUAGACGGACUCAAGCUCAACGCCUUCGCUGCCGUCUUCACGGUGCUCUCAGGCCUCCUGGGAAUGGUCGCGCACAUGAUGUACACACAGGUGUUCCAGGUCACCGUGAGCCUUGGCCCUGAAGACUGGAGACCUCAUUCCUGGGACUAUGGGUGGUCCUUCUGCUUGGCCUGGGGUUCGUUUACCUGCUGCAUGGCGGCGUCUGUCACUACGCUCAACUCCUACACCAAGACAGUCAUUGAGUUCCGGCACAAGCGCAAGGUCUUUGAGCAGGGCUACCGGGAGGAGCCGACCUUCAUAGACCCCGAGGCCAUCAAGUACUUCCGGGAGAGGAUUGAGAAGGGAGAUGUGAGUGAAGAGGAAGACUUCCGUCUUGCCUGCCGUCAUGAGAGAUACCCUACCCGGCACCAGCCACACAUGGGAGACUCCUGGCCACGGAGCUCAGCUCAUGAGGCGGCAGAGCUAAACCGUCAGUGCUGGGUCCUGGGGCACUGGGUGUGAUGUGACCCCAGCCAGCCCCUGCCUUCCUGCCAUCACUGGCACCACCCUUCCCACAGGACAUGGAAGCCUGGUCUGUGUGCUGUGGACUCAGCUCUCCUGUCACGGAGACACCAGGCCUAGACUGCCACCGCUGCCUGGGUCUUAGGGCCCCAGAGACAGGUCAGGCAGGCCUGAGGGACUGUCCAGGCUGCACAGAGACUUGGAGACAGCAGCCACCACCACACUUAGAGCCCCACGCAGUUGGGAAGUCAGGAAAGACAUGGGCAUUGACCAUUGAAUGCUGGAUACCCACAGUCAGACACAAAGCCAAGCAGGUGCCCAAAGAGGCAGGGUCCUGUGGGGACGGGGAGCAGGGUUUAUUGAAGGGGAGGCAGUGGCUGCCUCUGUGGGGCAUCGUACAGCAGACACACAGCAGGGGCUCAAUAAAUGCUUGUUGAACCUGUUCUCUUGCUAUGUGUGGGCUGGCUUCCCCAUCAUUAUCCUGCCCUGGAAGUGUGAGGCCUGGCUACCAAGGUCAGGGGCAAUCAUCCAUCAAUGAGCUAGAGUCCAGUCUGGCCUGGGGGAGGUCAGGAUGGAGGCAGGUGGGCAGAGCUGCCAGGGUCUCGAGCAUAGCAGGAGGAACAGACUAGGAGCUGAAGGAAGCAAUGUGUGGGGAACCUCAGCAAUGUGACACCACCCUGACCCUGGGGACCCUUUACCCUGUGUCUAGGGCCACUUGACAUAAAACUUCUGACUCAGCUGCCUGGGGAAAAAGAAUUUCUGUCUUGACCAUGAGAGCUUGGGGUCCAGAGAAGGAAGUUUCUUGCUUGAGAUUAGAGCUGACAUGUGGGAGAGUAAAUGUAAACCAAACUCGCUCCUGGUUAAAUCUCCUGAGGCCUCAUCCUGCCCUGAAGGAUUUCCAGAGAUUGGCAGAGCAAGGCAGAAUGUGGUCUUCUUCAUUCAUCCACCUGUUACCCAUCUACCCACCACCCAUCCAUUUAGCCAGCAUUCACUCACCAUCAUCUACCCACCCACCCACUCAUCUAUCCACCCACUCAUCCAUACAUGAUCCAUCUGGUCACCCAUCAUCCAUCUAUCAUUUACUCACCACCCAUCCAUGGAUUAUAAUAAUCCAUUUAGCCAACACCCAUCCUAUCCACCAUACAUUCAGGAUUCAUCCAUUUACUCAUUCAUCCAUUUAGUAGCAUGCAUCUACUCAUCACCUAUCCAACCAUCCAUCCUACUCACCCAUCCAGCAUCCAUCCAUCAGUCCACCUAUCCAUUAACCAUGAAUACAUCAUCCAUAUAUCUGUCUUCAAUUAUCCAUUCACCCAUGAUUCAGCUAUCCAUUAUCCAUCAUUGCCAUUUCUCUCGUCAAUUAUCCACCAAUUUGUUGGCCAUCUUCAUCAUCUAGCUAUCCAUCCAUCCAUCCGUCUGCAAACAGGUGGCUUCUAUUGUGCCCCUACUGUGUGCCACACACUGUGAGAUGGGACACUGAAGCAGACAAGUGAUAAAUGGGAGAUGACAGUUCAGUGCAUGCAUGCUUAGUGUGGUACCUGCCCUGGAGGCAGACUGCCUAGCAUCAGGUCUGGUCUCCUCGGCCCCUGUGGCCUUAUCCUGCAGAUGGGAGUCUCACUGUAUCUACCUCUUACAGCUGCUGGAGGGUGACACAGACUGGUGCCUGUGAGCAUAGAGGGGCAGAGUCUGGAUCAUGGGAAGCACUCUGCCAUGAUGUCAACAAGGGGAGUUGGGGCCAUGGGGCUGAGGCAGUGCCUGUUGGAGACCACCUGGAGGGUAGGUGAUCAAGGAAAUGACACCCAAGCCAUCUUGCUGGUGUCAGGGUGUGGAGGGGAGAGCAGGGCAUGGGAGGGCUUUCAAGUGGUCCAGAUGACUAGUGUGAAGGGAAAGGGGGGCUGUGAGGGUGGAACUGCACUGGAGAGAGGACGCAAAGCUUCACAAGGGACCCUGGGACAGCUGGCUGCUCUGUGCAGAGUGGGACUGGCCAAGAUGUGUAGUCUAGGACGUCACCCCAGCUCUGGCCUAGAGCGGAUGACCAAGGCAGGAUUCCCGUGUCCUUGCAGGGCCGAGUGAGAGGAGAGUGCUGUGGCUGAGGAAAGGGCUUGUGGAGAGUCAGGUGGCCAACUCAGGGGCCAAGAGGAGGGUGAUGCAGGAAAAAGGGACUUGAGCUUCAGGUCUCUGUCCUGGGUCAGGCUGGCACCUGGGGGCAAAGGGUGGACCCCACACUUCUGUGUACAUGCAUGCCUGUGCUCAGGUUCUCUGAGAGCCCCUCUCUUCCACUUUGCAUUCACACAGUUGGUAUGGGGGGCUGUGGAGGAGACGGAGUUGGCCAGGGCAGACUCCUACACAGUUAUGAAGGCCCCAGAAGGCCAGCACAGGGGCUUUGGCAUUGUGCAAGAGAGAACCACUGUGAUGGGUCCUGGGCAAGGUCUGGAAUCUGGGCCCACCACCAAGGAGGCCCAGGAAAUGAUUUUAGUUGCAAAUCUGUCAUCUAUUUUAAUAGCUGUGUUUAUGUAAGUGUGUAUUAGAAAACUGUGCGGGCGUGUCCAUACACGUGUCAAGCAUUGCAGAUUAGAAUGAACCACAAUAGGCAUUUCAGUAAAAAAAAAAAAAAAGUUGGCUUAAAGAAAAAUAGUAAAUAAAUAA